UCACGUUUUUAUUAGAUAAGCACAACGCUUAUAAAUUCGGGAUUGCACGCGAUGGUGCUAAUAGGCGUACGACAAUCGCGGUGGCAACAUGAGCCGAGUCGCUGUUACAUUUGCGCUAUUGUGCGCCUUGUCGUCUACCCUUGCCUUCAUUUUCGAGGACUGUGGCUCGGAAGUAGCCAAAUUAGGCGACGUAGUUAUCUCGAGCUGCAACACGGCAGAAGAAAAAUGCAUUCUGAAUCGCGGCAGCGAAACACACGUGAACGUCAAAUUUACGCCAUCUAAGGACAUCUCGCACUUGGAACUACGCGCUUUUGGUGUGCUAGUUGACGUGCCGGUGCCGUUCCCGUUGGAAAAGCCCGAUCUGUGCAAGGACAGCGACUCCGGAAUCAAGUGUCCUCUGAAGAAGGAUCAAGAAGCCGAGUACAAGGCCACGUUCUUCAUAGAUAAGAUGGUUCCUUCGCUCAGCCUCGACGUUAUGUGGCAAUUUGUAAACGAGGACGACGAGAAGGUAAUAUGCGUGAAAUUCCCGGCGAAGAUUAAAUAAAUGGCUGGCAACUGACUCCUAUGGCUCAAAUUAUAACGGAUGACCGUAACACUUCGGUAUCGAGAUGGACACGUAACCGUCUAACUACGAUUUGUAGUUGACGGAUUUAAUUAUUUCUUUGCAACGCAUGUCGACAUAUUAUAAUACACUGCAAAUUCUAUUGAACAAAAUUGUGAAAUGAAUAAAUGAUAAAGAUAGUUUCGCUGA